AGAUAGAAUAAAGUAUACGUAUGUGUGCCAUGUCAUCUGCUGUGAGUGCCUCUGCUUCCAUGCUCAAUGGAGCGGCUACACUAUCUAAUUCUAAGACUAAUGCUGCUAAGAAUAAGUACACACUGUCUGAUCCAAGCUCUGCCCUGGCUGCCUCCAAUUCUACCUCACCACUACAGAUCUUUGUAAGGGCCAAGAAGAAGAUCAAUGACAUCUUUCAGGAGAUUGAAGAGUAUGUUGUUGAGACUGGCAACUUUAUUGCAGCAUUGAGCAAAGAUGGAGUUCUUGUGACAGAGAAGGAAGUGGUGACCAUGGAUGGAUAUUUUAACAAGGUAUCAGGCAUCAAAGAAGUUCUUGCCAGAGAUCAUAUGAAGGUUGCAUUUUUUGGGCGCACAUCAAACGGCAAGAGCUCGGUCAUCAAUGCUAUGCUUGGCGAUAAAAUUCUUCCCUCUGGUAUUGGUCACACAACAAACUGCUUCCUGCAGGUUGAGGGAGAUGAGAGCAAUGAACCAUUCCUGACAACGGAGGGUAACGCAGAGCGACAGAGCGUCAGUGGCAUAGGGCAGCUGGCACACGCGCUCUGCAAUAACAGACUUGGCGACUCGUCACUCGUCACCAUCCACUGGCCCAAGACUCGGUGCCAGCUCCUCAGAGAUGACGUUGUGCUUGUUGACUCCCCUGGCAUUGAUGUCUCUGAGUCCCUCGAUGAGUGGAUAGACAAACACUGUCUUGAUGCUGAUGUCUUUGUGCUCGUGUCUAAUGCUGAGUCCACUCUCAUGAAUACGGAGAAGAAUUUCUUCCACAAAGUGUCCCAACGUUUGUCCAAGCCCAACAUCUUCAUCCUUCAGAACCGCUGGGAUGUGGCCGCCUCAGAACCUGAGUAUCUUACUGAGCCGGCUCGGCUUAACGAGGUGCGACAGCAGCACAUGGAGCGCGCUGUGGGCUUCCUGUGCGAGGAGCUGAAGGUUGUGGCACCACAGGAGGCCGAGCAGCGCGUCUUCUUCGUGUCGGCCAAGGAAGUCCUGCAGCAGCGACUCGCUGACUCUGGACACCAGGCACAGGUAACAGCGCUGCCUGAGGGAUUCUCUAGUCGCAUCUUCGAGUUCAAGGAUUUCGAGCGGCGGUUCGAGGAAUGCAUCUCGAAGACCGCCGUCGUCACCAAGUUCGACCAGCACGCCCAGCGCGGCCGCGCCAUCGCCAAUGAGCUUCAGGAGCUGUUGCUGCACAUCCAGCAGAGUGCAGGGCAGGAGCGCGAGCAGAAGCUGCAGCAGCAGCGCACCCUGAAGCAGCGACUGCACCAAGUGACCCAGCAGCUCGACACCGCUACACACGUCAUCAAGGAUAACAUCCAGCGCAUCGUGCACGACAUUGACCGCAAGGUGUCGGCUGCGCUCAACGAAGAAAUUCGCCACUUGUCCGCGCUGGUGGAAGAGUUUAAUGAACCUUUCCGCGCUGACCCUCUGGUGCUUAAUGUCUACAAGAAGACCUUGCACAGCCACGUGGGCGCCGGUCUAGGGUGUAACUUGAGAGCCAAACUCUCGGACGUUGUAUCAUCUAACAUCGAGAGCAGCCAGAAGGAUAUGACGGCUCGAAUCCUCACGCUCCUCAAUGAAGAACAACGCAAGCUGGCCGAGACUUUCCUCCUGCCACGUCGGGAGCCUUUUGAAGUCUUCUAUGGACUUGACUGCGCCAACCUCUGCCAGGACUUCCAUGAGGACAUCGAGUUCAAGUUCUCACUGGGGGUGGUGUCGCUGGUGAAGAGCUUCAUGGGGCGCGCCGCCUGCAGGAUCCUCAACGUCAGCCAAACAGAAAACGUUCCUCGUGGAUCUGGCCUGACUCCCCAGACCCCCAGCAACGAGCUCCCUCCUCUAGGAGUGUCGCAGAGCGACUGGAGCCUCAUCAGCAGGAUGGCGGUAUCGACCGUGGGCUCCCAGGGCAGCAUGGGCCUGGUGCUCCUCCUUGGCAUGUUGUUCAAGACGGUGGGGUGGCGCGUGGUGGGCUUCACGUUGACGGUGUACGGCGGGCUGUACGCGUACGAGCGCCUCACGUGGACCACCAAGGCCCAGGAGCGCGCGUUCAAGCGGCAAUACGUGCAGCACGCGACCGCCAACCUACACCGCAUUGUCGACGUCACGUCCAACAACUGCAGCUUCCAAGUCCAGCAGGAGCUGUUCGGGAUGAUGGCGCGUCUGAGCCGGCUGGUGGACGAGAGCCUGGUGACCAUGAAGCGCGAGGUGCGCACAGCGGAGCAGCUGGCAAAGCAGCUCGAGGAAACCGCCAGCGCCGCCAAGACGCUCAGGAACAAGGCGCACUACCUCGACCGCGAGCUCGGCGUAUUCCAGGAAACUUACCUUCAUACCGCACGACACUAAGGCGGCCUGGUUUGCUGCGAGUCUGCUCUUCCUUAGUCAUUUGUCUAUGAAUGCAUUAAGCGUCGUCAAUGCUAUUCGUACAUGAAGGCCUGGAAUGAAGAAGUCCUGUUAGUACACGGAGUUUUAAUGUAUUGAACGUGCUUUGAACUUUUGAUUGGGUGCAGCGAGUCGUGGUUGCAGCUCUGAUGAAUUUCUCCUUUCUCCCUUUUGCAGCUCUGAUGAAUUUGCCGGUUUAGAGCAAUUGGCUGAGGUUGCUUCGGGCACCGCAUACAAAUAUACAGCCAACAGCUACUAAUCUUUUGUUUAAAAGAUGCUAUUAGAAAAACUAAAUUAAGCAUACUUGUUACUUACCUUGUUCAACUUAUUCACUCUCUGAAAGCUAUCUUGGUACACUGAUAACUAACUCUUAAGACACUCGUUAUGUCACUGACCAGAUCGUUGGAGCCUUCACUGCUCGCAUUCAUGUCCUCUUGACAGCUAGGCAGCCUAAGGACAUUUUUUUGAAUGCUUCGUUAGCUCGCAACGGUCACGAGUGAUCAGCACCUUACGACUGAUGUUGACAGUUGCCUCGCCAAACAUGGUGAAAUGGUCUGAAUCAAAAUUAUUUAGCAUGAAAGAAAACUUAUCUCAACUGAGUAAGUCAUAAUCUAGUCAAAUAUCUAUUUGAACGUCAAAGCCGCCUCUGGUCAUCUGCUUAGUUAUCAGUUCACCUGCGCUGAAGAUAAUAUAUAUUAGGAAAUUUUUCUCGCUCCUUGGGAAUUGUAUAAUCAUGUCACAAAAGCACACAAGGCUGCUCGAGAAGAGUAUUUGAAUGGUUUGUCCCGAUGCCUCGAAAGUUCGUUUGUUAUUGAGAAAAUCGGCCGAAGAACGCAAUUGCAAGCAUGUGUUGAAGAAUGUAGUGGUACCAUCAUUUGAUAAUAUGUGCUGGUAAUUCACUAGAUCUGUUUGUCCAAAUUACGGUCUUGAAGUCAUGGCGAUGCCCCAAUGUGGUGAGAUUUGGUGUAAUUUCUCUCUCAGUUUGUAAUUCCUUAUGAAUGGCGAAGCUUGAGUAUGAAUUACUGGUAGAUUGAGAAAAAUUACAGUAUGAAUUCAUUAAGGAAUUUUUCCCACAAUCGAAAAUUAAUGUUAAUAUAACUUGUUUAAAAUUGAAGGUUGUAAAUAAUCGCCUUGCUUUGUGAUAAAUCAGAUAUUGAAGGUUUUACGAAUAGUGCUGGGUUGUUUUGAAGAGAACUGGGAUUAGAAUAGAAUAGAAGUGUCGGCACUGAAGAAAUGGGCCCAUGGCCAUGGGUUAACUGUGUUGGGUUUCAAGAUAGAGCAACAUUAAUUAAUAGAAAAUCACAUUCGUCACAUUUUCAAGAGAACUAGAAUCCCUUUCACUCUUUUACUUCAGUAACAUUUUACCACUAUUUUUGUUCUCUUACAUUCGAUUCUCUAGGAUGUUAUUUUUUCCACAUUAUCUGUCCGAUUCGCUUGCCUUAGCUUUGGAAAUAUAUGCGAUAAUUUGUCAGAAUAAUAUACAGUUUCACUUAAACUCAACGACGAACAUAGAAUCCCUGAACAAUAUCUUCUGGGAGAAUUGAGGUUUUCUACUACUAUAAAUUAUAACGUUGAAGAUAUUUCAUAAGAAAUCAUGUAACCAAUUCAGAUCUUUUUAUGCUAUUCAUCGUUGUUAGACCAUUUACAGUUCUUUGUACGGUGUGCAAAUUCAAGCUACCCUAAAACUAGAAUAUUUUCUCAUGUUCAAUUAUGUGCCGUGAAUUUGGUACCUCGCAGUGUUAACCAAACGUGAUCCGCACGAACGGUUUGUUGCCUAUACGAGGACGCUGUUUAGUUUAUUCAGUCAGAGCCGUGGUUAAUAUCGCCGAUGUUUGCAUCUCUUUAUUGGAGUCGUUAUAUGUUUAUAUAAGAGAAUAGAUCAUUAACGGCUUAUUUAGCGUUCGAGUUCAAAUUGCUUGCAAGUCUUAGAUGGAGAAUUGUUUAUUGAUUUGAUGCUACUGAGCAUGAGUGUUUUUUAGUAGUUGGGACAGCUCGUAGAAUCCGCUUUCUUUGCUUCUUGUAGUUUAGGAAAGUUGGAAAAUAUUUCAUGAUUGAGUUUACUGCCAGUAGUGUUUUGAGUUGUUCCAGCUUUAGCCUACAUUCUACUCAACUGUAGGGCUAGAUGCAGUAACCAAACGAAUACCUCAAAGGACAAAUUUCUUUACGAAUACCGCUAUUGUGAGUUCUGCACAUUAUGAACUGUACAGGAAUCCUGUAAAAAACCGUACGAAAUUAUUGCCGUGUCUGUUUAGCGGAUUUCGGUCUGGUGUCACUCAUCGCUGGUGGGUUGAGGUUGUGGCCAAAACUCUAGUCGAGAAUUGCACGUCUUGGCUUCUCCCGUUAUUGCUUCUAUUGGUAAUGAAAUGGGGAAGAUAUAAUGGUUACUCAUUAGGACUUGCUUGAUAGGAGAAUGCACUGUUUAUAACGAAUCACGAAUUUUUUUUACUUCAAUUAAAGCAAUGUUAAUUUUUCAAGAAAAUAACAAUGUUGAUAUAAUUCAAUCGACUCUCCGUGCAUUGGAUGUUCCGUUGAUGGGCUGCUUUCGCGGAUAAGGCUCACUUUUUUUAAAUUUUGGCACUACAAGAUUUCAGAAGACGGCUUGUUUCAUGCAAGUGUGGCAUAAUAUCUGGAUUAAGAGUUGACGUUAAAAAUGGUGGGGUUUGUUCGCCUCUCACUGAAUUGUGAAUCGCUGGAGGAUUGAUAACUACAAUAAUGUCAGCACUUGUUAUUUCGAACGGCGUUAGCGGUCGGUUCAGGAGUCUGGCUAAUCUAAAUCGUACUGCGGGUCAAGGGGUACAUUUGUCUUGAUGCAUUUAUGAGCUCUUGAAAAUUAAGCGUCUUAUGGCUGCACCCCAAGUAGCUGAGCUCUUGCAGGUUGCACUCCUGAAGGCGGCAGCCCUGCAGCUCGAAUCUCAAGAAGGUUGCUGCUCUGAAAGUUGUAAUAGAGAGCCACGGCUUUCCUCAUUUCGGUCCGAUGCUGCUCAGCGGGAAACUCAAGCUACUUUUUGGGCCACGUGCCAUGUUGCAUUUUUUCUGUGUUCCGAAUAUCUAGAGCUGUGUAGAACCUUUACUAUGCUCAUUUAGUCUCGGUGCUAACUUUGCUACGUUACUAACCUAUUUUAUUCAUGGUAUUUUCACCUUAUGUCUGUAUAGAUGCUUUUAAUUUAGGAUAAAGCCCUGCGAAUUUAUCUCGAUAUAUUUUCUUAGUUACCUUGUUACCUCUCAUUUUAAACGCAAUAUUCUUCUGUUUGUUUCUUGUUCGCUAUUAUCUACUGGUCAUUUUGGGGUCCUGGUUCUUGGGUUCAAGUUAUUCUUUCGUGCGCAUCUUUCCGCAGUAUCUACGCGACGUUAGUUGGUGCUGCAUCAACGCCUCAGCUCCACGUUCAGCAUGAAACUCUUCCUUAUCGUCAUCGCAAUCAAUUUUGGUGGUCUGAAACAUUCAUACAUUAAAUACGUUUGAUUUUGUAUUCUCUUGAUUAAAAGAUUUAUGAGAAACGCUGAUUGCUUGGGUAGGUUUUUAAUUGUAAUGGUAAUGCGCAAUGCUUCGACUUGGGUGUGAUAAUUUUUGUACAUCCUUGGUGUUCUGUCGUUGACGUUUGAGACUCGGUUUCGAAGAAGAACUAAAUCAGCCAAUAUUCGUGUUUAACUCGAAAUGUAUGCGCAUAUUGUUAUCAGAAUCCUGUUACUUGAUCUGUACAAAUCAUGAUGUUUUUGUGUACUAUUGUGGUUCAAAUUUAACCUCUUUUCUGGCUUUGCUGAAAAUAUUUUACGUAAGAAUGACGAUACCCGAUCGUUUACUCAGUCCUUUAUAAUGCAUGUUGGAUGAUGUAUUGUGACAACUGUACAGAAGCUAACGGUUUGUACAUAUGGUGUACUAUACAAAGCACGAUGAGCCA